AAAACCGGCGUUCCCUCGAGGAGCCUCCUCCUGGGAACGACGAAAUAGGCUGGCAACUCGCGGAUCCGCCCGAGAUACAGCGCAAUACCAUUCCCGUUGACCAGUCGAUACAACAAUGUCAACCCUCACUAUAUGCCCGGCAGAUAUCCCCUCAAGGUCCUUCUCCUGUGCACAGCAGAACAAGUCUACAAUUCCAGAGUCCGUGCGGGCUUACCUACACACGAAAUCCCGAUUUCCCACCAAUACCACAAGGUCAACCCUUAACAUCUCCCCGCUAUAAAGCCAAAAGACGGGGUUUACGAAUUUUCGACCGGCAGCAGGAGUCAAGCUCAAUCCAAACCACUAGACAAGAGCCAAGUAUGAAAAUAAACAACGAGGAAGAGCCAAUAACUGGAGUAGUUGUCGUGACAGACAUCGGAAAUUGUCCACCAGGAUAUACUGCGAUUGAACGCGACAUCGGAGACUAUUUAAGGGAGAGCUGUUACAUGUGUGUAGAGAGGGACACAUCUAAUAAAUGUCACACGGUGCUGGUGGAUUUGUCUAUCAUCAACAAGCAAGACCCCGGCCCUAAAGGCUUCACACUGAUCGGCACAACGUAUGAUAAGAGAAAGGAAUGGACACAGAAGCGGCUAUAUGUUCGCUGGAUGAGCACAAACCUGACCACCAGGGCAAUUACAGAUAUCAUCUUUGUGAGUGCAACCAGCGAAUCUCCAAAAGGAUACACCGUGGUCGGUGACUUGACAUUACUGAAAAUGUGCUUCAAGAUGUCAAAGAUCAGGACCUAAUUGUUCAUCAAAACAUCAGUGACUUAUCCAAAUUUUGGGCAAAUUUUGUUACUGGGAGCAGUUAGGAUUCAGAUUUGUUUUACUAAUUUGAAAUGUAAACUAUGCUACUACAUACUUUAAACGCAAAUAGA